UUGACUGGAUGGCAAUGGAUUUUUUUGUUGUUGUUGUUAUUAAUAUUGUGAGGCCAUCUUUAUUUUAUGCUUUUGCUUUCAUUGAAACAAUUUCAGGGCAAGGAAAUCUCCUAAAGUGUCAUCCUUCAUUUUAUUCCUUAGUUACGCCAAUGACAUGAAACCAGAAAACCAUACCAGUGUCUCUGAAUUCCUCCUCCUGGGCCUCUCUGAGCAGCAGAAGCAGCAGCCUUUCCUCUUUGGUAUCUUUCUGGGCAUGUACCUGGUCACUGUGGUGGGAAACUUACUCAUCAUCCCGGCCAUCAGCUCAGAUCCACACCUCCACACCCCCAUGUACUUCUUCCUGGCCAACUUCUCCUUCACUGACCUGUGUUUGUCAUCUACCACCGUUCCCAGGAUGCUGGUGAGCAUCCAGGCUCACAAGAACACUAUCCCCUAUGCUGGAUGCCUGUCUCAGGUCUACUUCUUCCUGUGGUUCAUUGGUCUAGAUGUUUUCCUCCUGGCGGUGAUGGCUUAUGACCGGCUUGUGGCUAUCUGCCACCCUCUUCACUACACCUUGGUCACGAGUCCCAGGCGCUGCAUCCUGCUGGUGGCUAUGUCUCUAAUACUUGCUCAAUUAUACUCUCUAACUCACACAAUUCUCCUGACUCAGUUAUCCUUCUGUGCUGGCAACGUCAUUCCGCACUUCUUUUGUGAACUUCUCCCCCUGUUGAAGCUCUCUUGUUCCAAUACUUAUGCUAACCAAUGUGUGCUGAUGUACUGGGGAGGGGCAUUAACCAUCUUGAUCCCACUGCUAAUCAUCACUUCUUACAUCCGUAUCGUGGCUGCCAUUGUGAGGGUCCCAUCGGCAAGUGGGAAGUGGAAGGCCUUCUCCACCUGUGGCUCCCACCUCUCAGCAGUUUGCUUGUUCUAUAUGUCUGCUAUUGGAGUGUACUUCAUUCCCUCCAUCGCUGACUCAGCUGGCAAGGACAGGAUUGCAGUAGUGAUGUAUGCUGUGGUGACACCCAUGCUGAACCCAUUCAUCUACAGCCUCAGAAACCAAGACAUGAAGGGUGCCUUGGAGAGACUCUUGAAAGGGAAAGUGACCUACUUCUAUCCAGGGCCUCAAAACUGGGUCAAAACAGCAUUUCAAAAAGAACUAUAUUGCACCAGCAUGUGUUCACAGAUUCAAGAAGUCGAAUGAAAUCAAAGCAGGGUAAAU